CAUUUUAUUCGGUUGCUACGCUAAACCGGAAGUGCUUAUUGCGCAUGCGCUAGUCUUCUCACACGGACAGGCAUCAUGGCGGACGUGCUAGAUCUUCACGAAGCGGGAGGCGAGGAUUUUCCUAUGGACGAAGAUGGCGACGAAAGCAUUCACAAGCUGAAAGAAAAAGCCAAGAAGAGGAAGGGACGUGGAUUUGGAUCUGAUGAAGGUGCGAGGUCUCGGGUUAGAGAAGAUUACGACACAGUGGAGCAGGACGGCGAUGAGCCUGGACCACAGAGAUCUGUCGAGGGCUGGAUCCUGUUUGUGACCGGCGUUCACGAAGAGGCGACGGAAGAAGACAUCCACGACAAAUUUGCAGAGUUCGGCGAGAUCAAAAAUCUGCACCUCAAUUUGGACAGAAGGACGGGUUACCUCAAGGGUUAUGCGUUGGUAGAAUAUGAAACGUAUAAAGAAGCGCAGGCUGCCAUGGAGGGGCUGAACGGCCAGGAGCUCAUGGGUCAAGCCAUCAGCGUGGACUGGGGCUUCGUCCGAGGGCCUCCCAAGAGCAAGAGGAGGGGAGGGAGGAGACGGAGCAGAAGUCCAGACAGAAGACGGCGCUGAAUUGAAAUAAACAUUUCUCCCAGUUGGCGUUCCUUUAUCUUUGUCACGUGAAGGCUGUGUGGCCGCGUGACUUUCUGUACUGGGUUGUUUUAGGUUUUACUGCUUUUCUGUGUUUCUGUAUCUCACAAGUUGCCCAGCUGCUGCCUGUGGAGUUUUCUCUGUACACUCUCAGAACAAAAAAAAUCUGUGAUAGUGUUUUAGGGCCAGUGUUAAAAUAAAAUAAAUAAAAAAUACAUGGUUGCGAGAAUGAAAGUGCAGUAAAAUGAUAUUAUUAUGAGAAAAAUGUUGUAUUAUUUCAAGAAAAAUGUCAUAAUACAAUGACAAAAUUUCAUUGCUCCAAUGUUCACCAUUCUGUUGUAGCAUUAUGACUUUUUUUCUCCACAUGGUAAGACUUUCUUCUUGAGAUAUUGUGUUUUAUUUUUUUAACAGUGGCCCUGAAACGCUGUCGCAAAAAUCUGACAUGUCAGUUCUUAUCUUCGUACAGCGUUUAAGGAGAGAACUGAAGAAAUUUAAGGCUUCUAGACUGUAACACGUGAAGACGAUCACAGCAGUGUUUGUAAUAUUAAAAUACUUUUUCUGUAUAGUGUCAGUUGCUUGGUUUUACGUAAACAUUUUGUACAAAAAUUGAAGAAACUGAUCCUUUAAAACUAAUUUGGGUUACGCCGUAAUAUAUGAAGCUGUACCUGAAUUAAUUUUAAAGCUACUGGUUUGUUCACUUCCAAUAAAUUUGUUUGGGGAUGUGA